AGAAAAAUUCAAAGAUGUGCUUAGUUAAAUUUUGAUAUUGAGGUUACAGUAUUUGCUUUUCAUGACAGAUUUUUAUGAGUAAAUUUAUUUGCUAAAGUACCAAGGAGCUUGCUGAUCUUAACUAUUGUUUUUUACAUCUGUAAAUAUGUAUCUUAUUUUUUCAGGGGUAUUUUGUCUUCCACUACACAGGUCUUAGUUUUGACAGGGAUUGUAGCAAUCCUGGAUAAAUUAGCCAAAUAUGAAGUAGCAAAAGUUAGCCAAGUCUAAAAGCUAGCCAGCCUAGCUUUAGCCAGCCUAGCUAGCUAAGGUUUAUCUGCUAUGCAACUUUAUCUGCUAGGGCUGUCACUUUUUAUUCAAAAUUCAUACUAUCAUUUGAACAUGGAAAACAAUUUAAUAUUCGAUCUGUAAUGAUGUAGUGUAGAGGAAGCAUGCAACAGGCUUCCUGCUUGUAUUCCUGCGAUGGGCGUUCCUAAAAUGCACUGUCCAUCACCCUGUGACCCAUACCUUUAUCCCCAAAAAUUGGGGAUAAAGGUAUGGCUGUUUGUUUAUUUUUUAAACCUAAAAUUGCUAGGUAAUUCCAAGGUGAUUUUCUGAAUAUAAAUAACUUAAGUAGCUAACUUAGGUAACAGACCCCAAGUACUUUUUGUUUGACUUAAGCUAAAAUUAGCCAUGGUCAUAAAAGUUAGCCAAGUAGGCCUAUAAGAAAUUUGGUGACUCAAGUUGACGAGCUACAGCAUACCCACUUAAAAAUGCACGCUACCUAAAGUCUGCAUGGUAACUUUCUAGACUUGUCAAUUAUUUUUAACUUUUUCUUUAGUUACCAAAAUAGCCAUUGACUUAGCUAACAGACCCUAGAAAAAUUUACUUAUCCGUAUUUCUCUUUAAUGCGUUUGUUGCUUAAUUUGUAUUUUAUUUUCUAGGCUGGUAACUGAACAUUUGUCAGUUGGUAACUUUAGUUAUGGAUAUGGGGACAUAUGACCACAAAGAAAUAUUUAAUGAAUACAUAAAUAAAUCUUUAUAUAUAUGUAUACUAGCGAAUAUGUUUGAGUUGCACAUUCUUAUGUCUCAUAUAUGUGCUAGACAUAAAUCAACACAUACUGAAAAUUAUAUUUGUUACUUUCAAACAAAUUCAUUGCCAUAAUGUAUAUUGGCUACACCCAACAGUAUGCAAUAGUCACUGUAUGCUUAAAGCUUAAAGCACUGUAAGACAUUACAUAAAACAUAUAUUAUUGUUUUAUAUGUUAUAUCAUCUCUAUAUGAAUUACCUGGUGGCUGGAUCCCCCAUCAGCCUACACAAUAUAGGAAAGAGUAAUAGCUUGUGUUUUACUGCUGUCCUUGAUGAAUAAAAACCUACACUGCUGUGAAAGGAAACUCAUGCCUUAUUUCUUACAUGUGGAUUACAAGGGAUUGCCUGACAAAGCUCCACCUCCAACUCACCUGAGACAGACCAGGAAACAGACUCCACCAGGAAGCAGCACACACACACCAAGACAGACAAUAAGAAUCUCUUUCAGACGAGACAACUUCUCCUGAGAGAGGAAAAAUACAGCAGGAAAUUCUCUUCACAGAGAGAAAAUGUCUUUCCGAUCUGAGGAGGAUCUGUCUUGUUCUGUCUGUCAGGACAUCUUCAAAGAUCCUGUUGUCCUGUCAUGUAGCCACAGCUUCUGUAAAGACUGUCUACACAGAUGGUGGAGAGGGAAACCUAUACAGGAAUGUCCAGUUUGUAAGAGAAAAUCAUCAAGGAGUGAACCACCUCGUAACCUGGCGUUAAAGAACCUGUGUGAGGCUUUCUUACUGGAGAGAGAUCAGAGAGCUUCAGCAGGGUCUGAGGCUCUCUGCAGUCUGCACUCUGAGAGACUCAAACUCUUCUGUCUGGACCAUCAGAAGCCAGUGUGUCUCGUCUGUCGAGAUUCAAUAACACACAACAACCACAGAUUCAGACCCGUCCAUGAAGCUGCACAGGAUCGCAGAGAGGAGCUCCAGAAGUCCCUGAAGCCUUUAUGGGAGAAACUGAAGCUCUUCGAACACGUUAAAGGAAACUGUGAUCAAACAGCAGAACACAUUAAGGUCCAGGCCCGAAAUACAGAGAAGCAGAUUAAGGAGCAGUUUAAGAAGCUUCACCAGUUUCUACAAGAGGAAGAGGAGGCCAGGAUCGCUGCUCUGAGGGAGGAAGAGGAGCAGAAGAGUCAGAUGAUGAAGGAGAAGAUUGAGGCUCUGAACAGUGAGAUAGCAGCUCUUUCAGACACAAUCAGAGCCACAGAGGAGCAGCUGAGAGCUGAAGAAGUCUCAUUCCUGCAGAACUACAAGGCUGCAGUGGAAAGAGUCCAGCGGCGCCCCCUGUUGGAUGAUCCAGCGCUGGUCUCAGGAGCUCUGAUAGAUGUGGCCCAACACCUGGGCAACCUGACCUUCAAAAUCUGGAACAAGAUGAAGAAGAUGGUCUCCUACACCCCUGUGAUUCUGGAUCCAAACACUGCCAACCCAGAGCUCAUCCUGUCUGAAGAUCUGACCAGUGUGCGACGUAUCGAGACACAGAAGCUUCCUGAAAACCCAGAGAGGUUUGAUUCAUUAAUUUCUGUCCUGGGCUCUGAAGGCUUUGACUCAGGGACUCACAGCUGGGAUGUUGAGGUUGGAGACAGUACAGACUGGUUUAUUGGUGUGGCAGUAGAGUCUGUCCAGAAGAAGGGAUGCAUAAAAUCUGGGUUCUGGCAAAUAUAUUUCUACAAAGGUAAAUACAACGUACGCUUGUUAGGAGAUCCGCCUACUGUUCUCCGAGUGAAGAAGAAGCUCCAGAGGAUCAGAGUUCACCUGGACUGGAACAGAAGGAAACUGUCAUUCUCUGAUGCUGAUACCAACACACAUAUACACACCUUCACACACACAUUCACUGAGAAGCUGUUUCCAUGCAUAGGUACUUUGAAUGGACUCCCGGUGAAGGUAUUACAAGGCAAGAUCUUUGUAACCUGAGAAUAGCUCAGUUACUUUCCACCUGAUGAAUUUAAGUCCAAUAUUCAUUCUCCUUUUAACUUUGCUUUGGUCUCCACCAACUCCUGAGAAAAAUAUCUGGCUCUUUAGCUGUUUGAUGCUUAGCAGGUAGUGUAUGGUGGGUUUAUCAUAGCUUGUUUGUUGAAAACAGCUGCCUGCUGCUGCUGGAAACACUGAGACUGAAACAUUCGGUAAAUGCGUUGUAAAACCAAAACUAGGAGCUGAAAGAGGCUAAAAAGCUCUGUAGAGCUGCAGAGUUAGUAAGACUUCUCUGUUGGUUCCUCACAAAGAGCGACCCCAUUCACAGGUCGUUUGAUUUAUUGUUAAUAUAAAAGUACUGAUUAGUGGAGCUUGCGAGUGAGUCACGUGGCUGAACCUUUUCUCUACAUUUGUUUAGCUUCUGUACAGCUCUUGAUGUUUUCACAUCUGCUGUAACUUCUCAUAUCUGUUUUCUUAAUAUUGCUACUGAGUGCUAUAUGUCUUCCACUUAUUUCAUACUACAUGUUUUUAUGUGGUUUUUAGUAUCUAUAUAUAUAUUGUCAAUAACAUAUCAUGAAUACGUAUAACCUACAUUUCAUAUAUUUGAUUAUGUACAAUUCUUGAAGUAGGAAUGAAUGAUUAUAAACUGUUUACCGCAGUGAUUCACACUCAGCAUACCUUUCUCAUACACUGCAUGGCCAAAAGUUUGUGGACAACUGAACAUUACACCCAUAUUCACAUUUUUAUCUGAAAGCAUAUCCUGAUUUUACCUGAACUGGCUGUUUAUUUUAUUGCUUUUGUGUAUUUUAUGUAUUUUAUUUCUUUAUAUUUCGUCAUUCACUGUAGUAUUUUAUUUCUCUUGUUGUGAAGCACUUUGUUUUGAUAAGUGCUCUAUAAAUAAAGUUUUAUUAUUAUUAUUAUUAUUAUUAUUAUUAUUAUUAUUAUUAUUAGUAUUAUUAUUAGUAUUAUUAUUAUGUGGUAAAGGACGUCGCCUGCUCUUGGCUAUCUGAUCGUCUCUGGUCAGUGAGCCUCCAGUUCCAUGUUGUGUUGGAUGCUUGGACCCCAGCAUACUUGCUUGCAGGUCUAGUUGAACAUGUGAAAACAAUGGGAUGGCUUUCUACAAGAUUUUGAAACCUGGCUGCAGGGAUUUGCUCCCAUUCAGCGACAAGAACAUUAGUGAGGUCCAACACUGAUGUUGGGAGAUAAGGCCUGGCUCCCAGUCGGCGUUCUAGUUCAUCCCAAAGGUGUUGAUGGGAUUGAGGUCAGGGAUCUGUGCAGACUAGUCAAGUUCUUCCACACCAAACUGGGAAACACAUUUCUUUGUGGACCUGGCUUUGUGCACGGGGGGCAUUUUCACGUUGAAACAUUAAAGGACCUUCACCAAACUGUUGACACAAUGUUGGAAGAACACUGUUGUCUAAAAUAUCAUUGUGUGUUGUAGCAUUAAGAUUUCUCUUCAUUGGAACAAAGAGGCCCAAACCAUGAAAAACAGCCCCAUGCCAGACCAAUGGGUCCAAAAGUACACUAACAUAUGUGGACUGUGACAGGUGUCCACAUACUUUUAGUCAUCUAGUGUAUCUAUUUUAAAUGAGAUGUUGUAGUGCUCAUACUGUUAGUUGAGGUUUUACCAUAUUUUCUUGUUUGUAUUUAAUUUUCUGUUUUGCUAUUGCUAUCUAUUACUAAUUUGUGCUGCAAUGACUUGUGAAGAACUAACUGACUUUAAUCUCUUCUGCUCUGGCAGGCUGUUGAAUAUACAGUAAAUAUACCGAAAUAGACACAACAUGAGAUAAAUCCUAAACUGAUGACCUCUAGCUCUUCUUUAAAAGCUAACAUUUUAUUAAUGCAGGCAUACCAUUUUAUUUCCAAAGGGUCUUAACAGUUUUGUUAUUAUUGUUAUUGUUUUUAUUCUAUAUUAUUGUUGGGUGUUUUAUUACAUUUUAUUUUAAUUGUCUGAUUUUAUUUGCCUCAUCGCCAUACUGAAAUGGUUUAAUCCUGGUUCCACCAUGUAAAGCCUUUUGUAACUUUGUUUUGAAAAGUGCUGUAUAAAUAAAGUUUAUUAUUAUUAUUAUUA